AUGAUAGAUGAGUCAUCAUGUUUUCGUUUGUAUAGGGGUUGUCAUUUUAAAUCCACCACUGCGUGCUGCUUGAAGUAUUUUUAACCAUUGACUAAAAGCUGUCGGUCGUUACAAGGGUGGCCUUUCCACCCGGGGAAAUCUCUCUUAACAAGGAAGUCCUACAGGUGGCAGUUACGUCGCUGUUAAUGACCGGAUCGAUACAUAUUGUGGCUGUCGGCAGAGAUCCGAUAUUUCUGUAAUAGGUGAUUUGACCCACUCAGACCCCGACAAGGAGUUUUCAUCAGUCCCGGGGGUCAAGGAAACUUCGAAACGCUUUACGUCACGGAUGUUAGUGCUUAGUAAAGAUGUCUAAGAUGAACAGUGGGGAUUCCGAACUGAGACGGCGGUUCCAGAAGACGGAUGAACAGAUCGGCAAGGGGUCGUUUGGAAGGGUCUUCAAAGGCUUGGACACAGAUACCCAGGAAAUCGUGGCCAUCAAAAUCAUUGACCUAGAGGAGGCGGAGGACGAGAUAGACGAUAUACAACAGGAGAUGAGAAUUCUGGCGCAGUGUGACUCGCAAUACGUCACCAAGUACUUCGGGUCCUUUGUCCAAGGGUUCAAACUCUGGAUCAUUAUGGAAUAUUUAGGAGGUGGGUCUGCUCAAGACAUCAUCAAAAUGGCGCCAUUUUCUGAACGGGAUAUUGCAGUUAUACUGAGAGAAAUAUUAAAGGGGUUAGAUUACCUCCACAGCGAACGGAAGGUACACCGUGACAUCAAAGCGGCUAACAUCUUACUGUCCCACAAGGGAGAGGUGAAACUGGCAGACUUCGGGGUGGCGGGUCAACUGUCCACUCUCGGGAAGGCGGACACGUUUGUCGGCACUCCUUACUGGAUGGCACCAGAAAUUAUCAAAGGACAGAAAUACGACACAAAGGCAGAUAUAUGGAGUUUGGGUAUAACAGCUAUAGAGCUGGCCCAAGGAGAGCCACCCUAUGCUGACCUCGACCCAAGAAAAGUCAUAUUUCAAAUCCCCAAGAAGGACCCCCCACAACUGUCGGGCAACUUUUCAUUGGGCUUUAAGGACUUGAUCAAAGACUGUCUAAACAAGGACCCAAAGGAUAGACCCACCGCCCGGGAAUUGUUGAAUUACGGCUUUAUAAAACGUGCCCGGAAGACCAACAUUCUACAGGAUGUGGUGGAUCGGCAUAGUGAGUGGCGGUCGCACCGGCCGACGUCAGAGAGCGACUCCGACGAGGAAUCCAGUGAUAGACCAGAAGAAUCGGAUGAUUUAGACUACUGGAACAGUACGGUGAAAAACCUAGAAGAAUUCGUCCAGGAACAUCCGUACAACACUGUAAGGGAAGUGGAACAGUUUGAAACGUUACGAAUAAAGAAACCAGCAGAUGACACUAGUGUUGUUUUACCCAGCAUGCAACAGGAGAAAGUCAAUGGCACCACUUCAGAAGGAAAUAGAUUUUCAGACACUGAUCAAAGUUACAACUACUCUGUCGUGAAUAAGAUUCAGAACCCAGCCGUCGACAAUACCGUCACACAGAAAGACGGAACGGACGAGAGGACGGAUGUAGACAAUAGUGUAUCUAGUGAGAACAUCACAGAGCCACAGAACACUGUGCACGACAUUGAAAGUGAACCUGACUAUGAAAACAUUGAAUUUACGUACACAGACCAAGAUAUCAAUGACGGCCUGUUUAAUGGUCACCCUGAUUCACUGUCAACGAGUUCCCUCACCAUUACUGUGAUACCACUGCUGACUAGCUUAAAACUGCUCUAUAAGGAAGAUUACGAGGAACGAGGCCAAUCAACAGAACCGACACAAAUUGUGGAGGAAUUGUUAAACGCGUUUCAAUUGGCUGAGACGUCUUGUCCGGGUUUGACGGACGAUUUUGUCAGUGGCGUGGUGGAAAUUCUUACCACGCCUAGUAAAGGAAUAGUGGACGUUAAACGGGCGAUCGAAAAAGUUAGAAGUCCCUCCUAAAACGCCAUAAAAAGACGUUUUGAUGAAGAGCAGGAGGACCAAGAAAAAUAUUAUUGACUUUUAUCAUUGUUUUUAAAAGAAGUUUUACCCUGAAAUUAAAUUCAAUUUCAAAUA